AAGGACGAGAAAAACAACCGCCGGCCGGCAACCAGCCUUGGACGACCGACCGAGCGAGUAGUUAGCUAGCCUAGGUAUAGAGCUAGCACCCCGGCCGGCCGGCCGGCAGCCAUACAUGGCCGCCGCCAUGGCCGCGCGGUGGUGGGAGGACGCGGCGAUCUCGGUGGGGAUGGUGGCCGUGCAGCUUGCCGGCGCUGCGUACAUGGUGGUGCUGACGCCGGUCCUGGCGCUGGGCCUGGACCCGCUCUUCCUAGUGACUUUCGGCAGCCUCUCCACGGGGAUCCUCACCCUCCCUUUCGCCCUCAACCUGGACAGGAACAAAUGGCCGUCGGAGCUGAGCAAUAGGUUGAUCCUUGAGUUGGUCGUGCUGUCUCUGGGAGGAGUGACUGCGUUCCAAGCCCUCAUGCUGGAUGGCAUGAAGAAGACAUCCCCCGCCAUCGCAUCCGCGAUGCUGAACCUGGCCCCGGGAUUCAUCUUCGUCGUCGCGGGCUGCCUCGGGUUUGAGAGGGUUGAUCUCAAGUGCCGGUACACGAGAGCCAAGAUAGUGGGGACCCUUCUGUGCUUGGGGGGAGCCAUCACCAUGAGCAUCCUGCAGAGCCCCGCCGCUCCGCCGGGCCAAAGAUCGCCAGACCUAGCAGCCUGGGUCGUCGGCUGCGUGUGCCUCCUGGGUGCAGUGCUCGUGCUCUCGGGUACAAUAAUCCUGCAGGCAGCAACCCUGAUCCGUUUCCCAGCCCCUUUUACGCUCUGCGCCAUGACCUCACUCAUCGGCGCCUCGUUGACAGGGAUGUUCCAGGUGGUCACCACAGGGAGGCUCGGCCCUGGGACGCCCCAGAUCAGCAUCGGAAUAAUCCUCUCCCUUGUGCUUGUGGGUAGUCUGGUGAGCUCGGUGUCCAUCAUGUACCAGACGUGGGUGUUAGAGAGGAAGGGCCCUGUGGUCGUCUCACUAUUUAGCCCCACGCAGACUGUGGGUUCGGCAAUCUUCUCGGCCCUCUUCUUGGGACGAGUGGUGCAACCAGCAAGCAUACUAGGGAUGGUAUUUCUUUUCUCUGGCCUCUAUGCAGUUCUGUGGGCAAAGAAGAAAGAAGGCCAAGUUCUUCCUCCUGCAGACAGGGUCGUGGCAGAUGGAACGGCAGACGAUAUAGAGAAACCACUCUUGCUUCCACGCUAGCAGGAUUCUCUAAGUAUAUGGUUCUAAUAUCUAGACAGGCAUGGUUCGUAGAGCAAAAAUCAAAGAUUGUAUAGUUCUCUUGGUUUGAUUUUUGUAAUCAAUUAGUACUAUGUACUGACGAGAUACUGCGAUAGGAUCGAGCAGCUCAGUAGCAUCAGACUGUAGAGCAAAAACCAAAGAUUGUAUAGUUAUCUUUGUUUGAUUUUUGUAAACAAGUAGUCGUACUA